GUACACUAUAUCGGUUCAAUGGGAGCAUGUGGUACCAGGAUUUCCAUACAUAUCGGAAACGGGCACGUUGUCCCCGGAGUCGUGCAUAUUUGCCCAGUUCCUUAACAUAGCCGCGCUGCUCCUCGCCUGUUGCGUCUAUAUCAGACACCGGCAAGUGUCCCAAUGGCAAUUGGAAAGGGGUAACGAUCUCGUUAACAAGAAGAUCGUUACUAUGUCUGCUUGGUGCGGUGCCCUGGCUUGUUUUGGCCUGGAUAUUUUAGCGAAUUUUCAAGAAGCCCGCGUAGUCGCGGCUCAUAUGAUCGGAGCUAUGACGUGCUUCACGGCUGGCACCGUUUAUUUUUGUCUUCAG